AGAGGUUCGUUAAUUAACGUGCCCGGUGCUGACUCUCCCGAUUUGGGACCACUAUGGUUGUUUAAGCUCGAACCCGCUAAAGCUAAGUUAGACAAUUAAUUGUGAAUCUGCGGAGAAUCUCCGGAUCCAUUGUGAGCACCGACAGGAGCGGACCGAGGAAAAACAAGGACACACACAGAAAGACCCGUUUUUUUCCCUAACUGGUAACCGUCCGCCGUCCGAUGUUAAUGUCGACCGACGUUGCCUCCAUCAUGCUGCCCGUUAGUCGGGGGAUCCUGGAGCUGGACGCGGCCCCCGGACCCCUGGUGGUCCCGGCCGGGGGGCCAGCAGCUGCCCGGGCGAUGAAGCGAGGCGACCCGGAGCCCGACGCCCAGACAGCGGCCCCACUCCCGGAGCUGCCCGGGGGCGCGGAGUGCAAGAGACCGAGGAUCGACGGCACCGGGGCUGUGGUGGCUGACAUUGGCCAGAACAAUGAGCCUUUAAACCCUGGUUUCCAUGGAUACCCACAGCUCACUCAGGGCUCUCAGGAUUCGACAGGAGGACAGGAGGGCCUGGUGGCCCCUCCCUUCGCAGCAUUCCCCCCUCCGCCCCCACCCCAGAACGGGCUCCCGGGAACGGAGUUUGUUCCGGGUGCCAUGUUUGGCGCUGGGGGCCCGGGAACAGCCGAGGGGGGGGUUGGUGUUGAUGGAGCAGCCACUGCAGUCAUCAUCAACAGCAGCAACAGCGUAAAAGGAGAUGAGGAAUCACUGGGUGAGGCGGGGGUGCAGUGUGGUACAGGCGGCACCGGAGCGGGGGGCUCCACCGACGACCCCUCGGAGGCCAAAGGGACCCCCAAGCGCCUCCACGUCUCAAACAUCCCCUUCCGCUUCCGGGACCCCGAUCUCAGGCAGAUGUUUGGGCAAUACGGGAAGAUUCUGGAUGUAGAGAUCAUUUUCAAUGAGAGGGGAUCAAAGGGCUUUGGCUUUGUGACGUUUGAGACCAGCGCAGACGCAGAGAACGCCAGGGGGAAGCUCCACGGCACGUUGGUGGAAGGUCGUAAGAUUGAGGUGAAUAACGCCACCGCCAGGGUGAUGACUAACAAGAAAAUGGUCAGCCCUUACCCUAACGGAGAGGCUCUCAGCACACUGCCUUACGCGGGGUGGAAACUGAGUCCGAUGGUGAGCGCCAUGUACGCACCCGAGCUGUACGCAGUCCCCGGGUUCCCCUACUCUCAGGCAGCAGCGGCAGCCACGACAGCGGCGGCGGCGUUCCGCGGCGCCCACCUCCGGGGCCGGGGUCGACCCGUGUACAGCGCCGUCCGGGCCGCCGUGCCUCAGCAGGCGCUCCCUGCGUACCCUGGCGUGGUGUAUCAGGAUGGGUUUUACGGAGCUGCGGACUUGUAUGGAGGUUACCCUGCUGCUGCUGCCGCUGCCGCCGCCGCUUACCGCUACGCUCAGCCGCAAGCCGUAACCGGAGCAACCGCCGCUGCUGCCGCCUACAGUGACGGUUAUGGACGGGUUUACACUACAGAUCCAUACCACGGGUUAAGUCCAGCUGCUGCUGCUUACGGAGUCGGAGCCAUGGCCAGUUUGUACCGGGCCGGAUACAGUAGGUUCGCUCCGUACUAGAAAACCACAAAUCACACCCGAGGAAUUCCACAUCGCUCCAAAACACUUUUUCAAGCUCUUCGUUUGGCCGGAGCUCGCCUCCAGUCUCCUGCAGGCGGACGAUCGUGACAACUCAUGUGUUUUUUUUUUGUGCGUCUUUUUGUGGCGAGAGAGGUCAACGCCACAUCAUCAACUCCAACUCUGUUUCCACUGUCUGUCGCUCACAUGGAGACAAUGAGAAAAAAGAAAAAAGAAAUAAAAACCAGGAGCGUCUCCAUCAUAACAAGCUGGAGCCUUCGACUCUGAUCUACGUGGCACAAUUUAGAAACACUACAGGACCUGGAGGGAGACGACUGUUCCUGUGUGAAUCCUGAACUCUACACACCCUUCCCCCUCUGAACUCUCAGUAUAUCCACUGCCCUAUAAGACCUGAUCCCUCCUAUAUACACAUACUUUACAUUUACACUCAACACCAAGUAUACAGCUUCCUUUAGUUUACAUUUUCCUUUUUUUUACGUUGACCUGCACAGAACGAGAGAACUGCCACGGCAUCACUAUAAAAAGGUACUUCUGUUUUUAAACACUACAUCCAUGUAAAAGCUGCGUCCCUCUGGUUUCAAUUUGUGGUAGAAGAGUGGGGAAAAAACAAAGAAUCAAAUAUUGUUUUGUAAACCUGGAGAAGCAGAUUUCAGCUGAGAGGGAACCGACCGACAGAAACCACUGUUGUCCUGGUAACGCCCAACUCUGUCAUUUCCCCAACUUCCCCAUCAAAUGUAAAAGGAAAUUACAAAAACACACAAAAUAAUGAUUAAAAAAAGAAAGUUUAAAAAACGUGAAAAAGGACAAUGUAAAUAAAACCAAGUGACUUUUGUUUAUUCUGCAAAUACCUCAGUUUUUCUUUGGAUCAUGUUUCGCUGCCGUCGAUAAGAAGUCGCGGAGACGCGUUAUUAAAUAUCGACAUCAUGUGGACGAGUUAGAUCUGUCCAUCAUGUUCAGUGACAGACUCAUUCACCUCAUUCAUUUCAUCACUACAAGUGCAACACUAAGACGGGAACCGACCCUGUGUCUGUCUCUGUCCAUUUUGAGAAUCCGGCGCACUUCCCCCCCCCAACUCCCCUCAGAGGUUCGACCUUGAUCUGCUCGUAGUACUUCUUCCAAAAAAGGACUCGCUGCCUGUCUCUCUCUCUCUCUCGUCCCCGUCGGACAGACAAAGAUCCGUCGGAACACAAACAAACUAGAUUUAGCAGAUCUGUGUGUGUGUGUGUUCUCAACUCAGCAGGACAGUAGAUCCCUGUAGAACCGCCCAGAUAGGAACCCAGCGAGCCGUGUAAUAGAGUCUUGAAGUAAUGAGAAGUUUCUAUUUAUAUCCAUUGUUUUCACUCGUCCACAAGCAUUUUUAAAUCCAUCACGCUCUCUGAGAGUUUCUGCUCUGAAUACUUUUAAAGUUCUCUUUGACCGGUUCUGUCACUUCACAGACCCGGUCCCUGUCCUAUGUAUUACAUCUCCAUAUACUCUUACUAUGUUGUUAUUGAUAUUAUUUUUUGCCUUUUUUUGGUUCCAAAGAUUUUACUGAAGAAGCACAUUUUUGGUCCUGAUGUAUUUCAUAUUUUUGUGGUUGCCUUUUUUGUUUUGUUUUUGCCUUUUAUCUGUAUGUUCUGUUGUGUAUCUGUGGGUAGAAGCUGUAUCUUUCAGUGCAGUGUGGAAUCAGCACCCAGGGAAAAGUCACUGACGCUCCAAAAAGACAGAGGAAAUGUCGGAAGUAUUGCAGCAAUUAGGGAAUUCUGAACGUUGGAUUUGCUCCGGACACUAAUUUAUUGUCUCUCUCUCUCUCUGUUUUUGUUUUUAAAUGCACACAUGAAAACCGCUGUAGUUAGACAAGAGGAAUCAGAGCAGAUGGAGACUUGAGGGAUUUGCAGGAAUGCAGAGGUAGAGACACACAAGGAGGUUUUGCGUUGGGGUUUGGACAAAUUACAGGCAAAGCAAAUGUGGGAGACAUGUCCUCACAAUGAGGAACGGGCCCGGUUGCCCGGCAGUGGCCACCUUUAGAACAAUGGAACAAUGCGGUGAGUCCGAGGGACAUUGUGGCAGUGAAGGUGAGAAGCUGAGCCAUUUAUCAUUAGCUGACAGGACAACAACAUCCCUUCCUUUUGAGUUUUUCCGGGGGGGGGGG